AUAAACGUCAAAAUUUUUAGUAAAUUAACAAACCUAUAUUUAUAUAUAUUUUAAUUCUGAAGUAAAAUGAUACAAUGUAUGAUUCCUGUUUAACGUGUCAGUGCUGUCACUGUAGUAGUCAAGGUUCCAUUUCCAAAUAUCUGCCAAAUUCAUGUUGUAUUAAAUUUUUCAUUUUUGGCACACUCGUAGUACUCAUCCUACAUUACCUCACCAACCAGUUUGUAGGUUGUUUUCCAUUUGCUGAACCUGCAAUUACUUUCUAGAAGACCAUGAGAAAUGAAAAAGAAUAUGAACCGAAAAAAAAUUGCCAAUUAGAGAAUAACGUGUUUGAAAUGGUAAAACAACAAAAUGAUGGGAAUCCUGUGCACGUACCAGCUGAAUAUGGAACUAGUUUUAAAUGUAAACAUUGUUUGCGCAGCUCAUAUAAUAAACAAACUUGGUAUGGACGAGGUAUUCAUUGUGUUUCUCCAAAUAUACAAAGCCCAAUAACACCUUAUCACGAACAACAUUUCAAAACAGAGAAGAAAAGACCUUGUCAAUAUUAUCAAAAUUUUAAAAUGAGAUGUAGUAGAAAAUAUCACGAAACAGCCAGGUUUACAACAUUUAAAGAUGUUGGAAUAUCAUCGUCUAAUUUAUUAGCCGAAGAUAAAGAAAGUUUAAACUCUAUAAAAUCUCAAAAAAUGGAGUCACCAACAAAUCAACAUAUAAAUUCUUCUGGGUUUGAAAAUGAAAAUAACUUUCAAAAUGAAAUAAUCAAUUCUAAUUCAACUACUUUUAGACAUAAUACAUGCGGUACGCAAAUAAACUCACACAGCCAUUUAAAUAGAAGCCAAACUAAAGAAAACGAAGAUUGUAAGAAAAAUUGCCAAACAGAAUAUUUUGUUAAAAUUGAGUGCCGAAGACAUGGUAACAUGAACUGUUUUAAAAAUAAUAAUAUUAACGCCAAUUCUUCAAACGAUGUGUAUUCCCCUCACGAAGAAUUGUCUUCCAAUGAAUUACUAGAAAAACACUCCAUUGAAGGUUGUCAAAAUCUUUGCCAAUCCAAUUCUAAAACAAGUUACGUAAAUACUGAAAAGCCAUGCAAAAAAAUGCCGCUUGCAAUCUCCGUAAAGAGUCGUACAGAUCUGAAAAAUAUUAACGUUAAUAUUGAAGUCAGUUUAAAAAGGAAAAAGCAAAAGCAGAAAUCUAAACAAAAAAAUAAUAAUAAAGUUAAAGAUAAUAUGAAAGUCCAACUCUGCCCUGCCUAUACUAAACAAGAAAAGCAUCAAAAAUGUAUGUGGGUAAGGUGUGAACCAAUGACUAUUAUCGAUGUCCAACCACAAAAGAAAGAAAAACUUAGUUUUUUCCGGUUUUUUAAGUUUGGAAAGAAGGAGAAAGCAAAAAAUAGCACAGUAGUUGUUAAAACAUCAAUACCUGCAAAAGAAACGUUAGCAUUACGAGUUAUAGAAGACACAACGAGGAACCAAGUACAAAAAGAUGAAAAAAAUAAAGCAAAUAAUCUAAUUAAAAAAGCUAAAGAUCAAACUCAAGCCGAACUUAAAAUGAAAGCAGUGGAAGAUCAUAAGCCAUUGAUAGACCAGAGUAAUCUACCUAUAGAAAGCAGUAUAGAACAAACAGCUGCUGCCCAAAAGCUACUUAAACUUAACAACAUCCAAUCAGAAAAUCAUAAAUCAUUGACUAGCAAAAAUAAUCAACCUAAAGUAAGUAAAACUGAAAAGUCCAUAGAAAACAAGUUAGAUAAACUUUAUAAGAACCAGGAAUACCAUUGGGAAUCAUUUAUAACUCAUAGUGAUCAACAUGUAGUAUAUGGUGUGCCUAAACCUAUAGACGAAAAACCAGUUCCAAUUAAUAACACACAAAAUGCAAAUCAUAAAAUAUCCACCAGCCAAGAAAAUCUAAACCAAGAAUCCAAGAAAACAACAAAAAAUCUGAAACAUGUUAAGAAGGUAGCAGAGCAUAAAAAGAAAAAGGAACAACACACAUUUUCUCCUGGUCCAAAUACUGAGCACAUAAAACCUGCAGACUCACUUACAAACAAUCAAGAAGAAACCAACAAAGCAUCCAUCCUACAAAAUGACCAUUCUAAAAAUACAAACGAUAAAAAACCAGAGGAGCUUCAAAAACUCCAAGCAUCCACAAAACAAAGCAAUCAACUUGUACUAUAUAUUACAGACAAAGAGUUAGUUCUAAAUAACAUACAAGAAGAAGAUAAUAAAGCAUCCACCAGUGAAGAUGACCAACCUAAUACAAGCAAUUCCAGAAGCUACAAAGCACCAAAUCCAGCAGCAUCCAGCGGUCAAACUGACGGGCCUGUUAAAAGUAUUCUUACUCCGCAUAAAUCUGCAUAUAAAAAAUUUCUGAUAGAGUAUGAGCAAAGUAAGAGUAUGAAUCACAUAAAAAAUGAUAAAGUACUUACCAGACGUGACAAAAAUCCUGAAAAUUCCAGUAAGCUAAGGCACGUUGACUCCCGAUUAAUAUAUAUACAACGAGGAGUACCGUUUAAAGGACAAUGGCUUAAAAAUAUAGAGAUUGAACUACAAUUAUUCCAUUUUGUUUUUACCGACAAGUUUGUACACAAUACAGUAGAAGAUAUCUGCAAGUGGUUAAAGAUCUAUACAAGAAGCUUCCUGCUUUGCAUUCAAUUUAACAAAUAUAAAGUUAGUAUCGUCAUGAAAAUAUAUUUAAACAGUUACCAAAGCCAGAAUAAAAACAAUAAAACACUCAGACUCUCUAUCCUUAAUAAAAAUACUGCUAACAACAAAAUCAAUAGGGUACUUAACACACCUAAUUUUGAUUCGUUACAAAAAAUAAAUGACAUAAUUCCACGUCGAUUGGUCUUCCAAGUUUAUCAUGGAAAUCUAAGAAGAAAUAUCUAUUUAAUCAACCACAAAUGUUUUAAACUGACUUACAAUGAGUUUUUACGCUAUUUGGUUAUUUUUAUUCAUGUGCUUUAUUUGUUUUUGAUUGUUUAUUUUACGUUUUGUUUUUAAAAUUACCAAUAAAUAUAUAAUACAU